UAAUAAACGCCGCCGUGGUCAUAGGCAGAAGCAACUUGUGCUCCGAACCAAGAAAACCUCAAUUCCCAACUAAAGAUGCGCGCCUUCAUCGUAAUGUGCCUGGUGGCAGUCGCCUGUGCCGACAAGCUCGGCUACAACUACCAGCCCGUGGGCCACUCCAGCUCCGGACUGUCCUUUGCUCCUGGAAGUGGUAGCAUUGGAGGUGGCUCCAUUGGAGGAGGAAGCAUUGGAGGUGGCUCCUUUGGAGGUGGAUCUAUCGGAGGCGGAUCAAUCGGAGGAGGCCUCAUCGGAGGAGGUUCCCUGGGAGGUGGAUCUCUGGGAGGCGGCUCCCUGGGAGGCGGCGCCAUUGGAGGUCUAAGUGGUCUUGGUGGACUUGGAGGUGGCGAUUCCCUGAGUGCCCCCGUCUCCUACAACGCCCCCGCUCCUUCUGCUGAGCUCGAGAAGGAGUUCUUCACCUUCUCCGCCAACGAACAGGACUUUGAUGAGCCCCAGGAACUUGAGCGUGUGGCCAGCUCCGUGAACAAGGGUCUGCGCGUAGUCUUCAUCAAGGGACCCGAGAACCGUGGCCUGGAGAACGCCGCCCUGGCUCUGGCCAAGCAGGCUGCCCAGCAGGAGACCGCCAUCUAUGUGCUGAACAAGCAGGCUGAUAUUGGAGAUCUUGCCCAGAAGCUGAACGCCAUCCGCAACAACAACAACAACAAGCCCGAGGUGCACUUCGUCAAGUACAGGACUCCCGAGGAUGCGGCCAACGCCCAGCGUGCCAUCCAGUCGCAGUACGACCAGUUGGGAGGAUCCUCUCAGUCCCACAAUGGUGGAGUGGCCUCCGCCCUGAACUUCGCCUCCGCGGGUCCCGUCCAGAAGGCCAACGCCCAGAUCCCCGAGAACGCCUACCUGCCCACUUCGGUCUUCCGUCGUCGUUUUCGGAAAACCCAAUUGCGGAUGUCCUACAUAAAACAAGCUCUUAGCCUUGCCGAAGAAUUUAUCGCUCCUAGCCAGAGACACAAGCAGUUCAAACCUCAAAGCAAAAGAACCAGCAAUCAACUCAAGAUGCGCGCAUUUAUCGUUAUGUGUUUGGUGGCGGUUGCCUGCGCCGAUAAGCUCGGCUAUAACUACCAGCCCGUGGGUCACUCCAGCUCUGGAUUGUCCUUUGCUCCUGGCAGUGGCUCCAUUGGAGGUGGCUCCAUUGGAGGUGGCUCCAUUGGAGGAGGAAGCAUUGGAGGUGGCUCCUUGGGAGGAGGCUCCCUGGGAGGUGGCUCCCUAGGAGGUGGCUCCAUUGGAGGUGGCAUCGAUUCCGGUCUGGGAGGUCUUGGUGGUCUUGGAGGUGGCGAUUCUCUGAGCGCCCCCGUCUCCUACAACGCCCCCGCUCCUUCUGCUGAGCUCGAGAAGGAGUUCUUCACCUUUUCCGCCAACGAACAGGACUUCGAUGAGCCCCAGGAACUGGAGCGAGUUGCUGGAUCCGUGAACAAGGGUCUCCGUGUGGUCUUCAUCAAGGGACCCGAGAACCGUGGCCUGGAGAACGCCGCCCUGGCUUUGGCCAAGCAGGCUGCCCAGCAGGAGACCGCCAUCUAUGUGCUGAACAAGCAGGCUGAUAUUGGAGAUCUUGCCCAGAAGCUGAACGCCAUCCGCAACAACAACAACAACAAGCCCGAGGUGCACUUCGUCAAGUACCGAACUCCCGAGGAUGCGGCCAAUGCCCAGCGCGCCAUCCAGGGUCAGUACGACCAGCUGGGAGGAUCCAGCCAGGCUCAUGACGGUGGUGUGGCCCCCGCCCUGAACUUCGCCUCCGCUGGUCCCGUCCAGAAGGCCAAUGCCCAGAUCCCCGAGAACUCGUACCUGCCCACUUCCGUCUUCCGUCGCCUGCGAUUCUAAGAUGUGCCAUCAUUGGACCCUAUUAGCCUAAGCGAACCUCGACUGAAUGACUCACUCUUCCUGUUACAUGUUGUUGACUAAUGCAUAAUUACACCAAUAAAUUUCAAAUUUAAAAACGAA